AUGACGGAAAAGCAAGGCCGCAAAUCGGCUCUGGUGGGCUCUCUACAGAUUCUCAGGAGCACAUUCAAUGCGCGACACAAUCAACGGGGACUUGAGGAUAACAAGGACAUAACCAAUGGGAGGAACACACACAGAGAAGCACAUAGGAGCAGCUCACUUCCACCCAUCACUGCCGGCAUCUGCCAUUCAUCCCAACGGCAACCAAUCGUCCACACCUGCCGCCAAUCUUCCAUGCCACUGUGCCAAAAAAAUCCAUUGUGGAAGUACAACAACAUCAACAACGACCCACAACGCCUUGAAAUCAGUAAUAGUAGGUUACAGACACAUGACUCCAACGUGCGGGCCCAGCACAGAGCCUCAUGCUCCCACUGUCUAACAGGUUUAGAGUGCUCUUCGACCAAAAUAGUUUCAAGGAUUCCAACACCAGCGAAAUCCCCUGCAGGAGAUCUGUACUCCCAUGAAGUAUAUCGAAAAGAAGGCAGAAGAAGUGUGCUAUCAUCCUUGGGAAGACAAUGUGUGGACAUGAACAAAGAUGCAAGCACCAUUUACAAAACGGAUCUGGAUAAGGAAGAAGAAAGGAAGGAUUUCAUCCGCCGUAGUGAUACACAAAUGCUCAGUUCUGAGAGAUACAUGUUCGACACCGACGCGACUUCAGCACCUAGGUUUCAGAUCCGAACUCACCACCAGAGAACCAGCGGCAUACAGAGAGCUACAACAGAACUAUCCUCAAAAAUAUUCUCCAACAGCAUGCAUUCGAAAAAUCCUACUCCUGUUCCCUGUGUCACUGUAUUAAAGGCAGGUCGUCCAUGCAGCUUGCUGGCAGAUAUUGAUGCCAAAAGCCGACCCGCCACUCGACUGUUCAAUCCUAUAUCAGCAUUCAUCUCACGGCUUGAGACAGGAGCACAAAGGAAUGAUUACAUUAAGAAUGAUGAUCUCAGUGCUAGUGGCCGGAGUUCCGGGACUGUCAAGGUACUGCUACCUUCGAGGAAAGAGCGAAUUGGAUACCAUACUGUUCCCAAAGGAAAGUUGGCAACACACCACCAUCAGUUGUUGGAGACUUGCCAACCUGCGGACUCAAAAGCAAAAGCCAACACACUCAAAAAAGGUGACAAAAUGGAAUAUGUUAAAAAGGGUCUCCGAUGGACGAACGGCUUUGAGAACCUGAAGCUUGAAAUCAAAGCAAAAAAUGAUGCAUUUAAACCUCCUAACCCUCCUAAGGCCCCGAGCCGAAGUGCUACAAGGCUAAGCCCCCUACCAGACACCGGAAAUUUACGGCAUAGGGAUCAAAUGGGGAGAAUGGUAUCGUCGAGGAGCCACCCCACUGGGUUCCGUUCGAAGCUGAAGAAGCCAGGGCUAACAGUCCAUGCCGACUGGGUUUCGCAGGUCAGUGAAUCUCAGCCUCAACAAUACUGGCUCGGUAGAUUCGUCACCCUCGUCAAUGCUUUCCACUACGAAGACUCCUUCCAUGAGCCGGACAUCGCAACCGGGUUCGGCAUGUUGUCAAGUUAUUCUCGUCCGUUAGGACACCCAGAUUCAAACGAGGCGGGCUACCGGAUCAAACGAGCCUUCAUGGUCCUCGAAAAUGUUUGUAUGAACGAUGAAGCAAGUGCGAGUCUACGAAAGUUCCGAUACGAAUACAUUGGCAAAUUUGGAGAUGGGUGGAUGAUAUGAUGCCCUGUUGGAAACGAUGGUUGAUCGCAGGUAUUGGC